CCACCAUCAAUCUUAAGGUAGAAGUCUAUUGUCCAUAUGUGAACCUAAAAUACCCUCCCAUCUGAAAAAGAAAAAAAGCUAUCGUUAUUGUUCUUGUAUUGAACUUUUACCACAUAGUUCCUUGAAAUCUCUUUGGCAUCCAGAUCAUGAGUUCUACUUCCAAAAAUUCAAGCAGAGGGGCCAGGCGCUCUCGACCACAGCCUCUAAAGCUUUUUUUGAAGGAAUUUAGAUCAUGGUUCUACAAGUCUGAUUCAAGUGGCGUUCAGGGACUUGGUGGAAGAGGUAAUAUGAAUAUGACGCCGAAAGAGCCUACAUCAUCUACAGUUGGGUCAGAGACGGAUAAAGUCUCCUCAGAGGGCCCUGAUGGCAAAACCGUUUUUAAACCAAAGGAUCUUAAAAUCUGCUGGAAGGAAGAGAGUCAAUUUUGGAGUAUUCCUGAAGGGGAUGAUGGUCCUGCAGAGCUGCUGGAGGUGUGUUGGCUUGAUGUAAGUGGUGAAAUGCCUGUGACCAAAGGGAAGACGUAUGAAGUUAGCUUUAUGUUAUCCAUGAACACAAAGAAUUCCUUUGGCUGGGACGAUCCUGUUACGGUGAUGGCUAGGAUAGGAAAGGAGGGAAAGUAUCAGCGCAAAGAAAUAAAACUAUUAGACUUAAGCGGGGAAGUAAAGGAAUUUCCUCCGGAUAAGUGUCGGAUUGAGUUUAAAAGUGAUGAAAACGCUAAAAAUGACAAGGAGACGCUCUAUUUUGGCUUGUAUGAAAUGUGGACUAACAAAUGGAAGGGUGGUCUACGGAUUCAUGAGGCCAUAGUUCAGGAAAUACCAGCUGGGAAUAAUGAUCGUCCACCUAAUACCCGUUCCGACGAGUCCAGAGGGAAGGAAAUAGCAGCUCAUGACGAUUAAUUCUAUUUCAACAUCUGAAAACCCCCGAUCGAGUCGAAGUUCAAGGAGGACGUAGAAGCUGAUUUAGAGCCUUGUAACGGGGGAAUGUUUUUUCAGGGAUUUGAUCAGCGGACCAGAUUGCAUCUCCUAGUUAUCUAUUAUAUCUAUUUUCGUCAGUGUCAUAUUUCAAGUUAUUUUGAUUUUCAUAGUUAGCCCAACUAUGGAAAACUUAUAAUAUGCAGUGCUAGGACUCUAGUUAUUUAGCUAUGGUUUGAAUAAAAACUACUAUAGACUUAAGACUC